AGAGGAGAGAGUAUGUAUAGCUGGCUAGGAUAGAGAGCAGGAGCAGCGUAGGGAGAUGUGUGGACACGGGAGACAAAGGCAGCAGCAAGAGAGAGAGAGAGAGAGAAGAGAGAAGAGAAGGGAAUCAGAAGAGAAGAGACGGGGCCUAUGGGAGAGCAGAGCAUGUCAUCACGCAUCACGCCCAGGCCCCCGAUCAUCAUCACCCAUACCCAUACAUACUCACCCUCUCAUAUACACACGGCAUCGCCCUCAUCCUCCUCUCCCGUGCAUCCUCCGACAAGCGUACCGCCUUAUGCCUUGUCAGGUGUCCUCUUCCUUCUUCCAACACACAGCCCCUAUGUUCAACAUAGACACAGAGUAGAAGAUAGAUAGACGCAUGUCAGGUGAUCCCAGCGACACGCAAAGAGAGAGGGCCUCGGGCAAGAGGGAGUCUAUAUACGACUCAAUCUCCCUCCCGGAGUACCGGUUCCUGGGCGUGCUUCGGUGAGAUUUGACACAUC